GGCGGAGACAUAAUAGUAAGCAUUCAAACGUAUUCAAUAGAUUUUCUGUCAUUUUAUUUCGUUGUUAAUUAGUGCUCAGGAGAAAGCUGUUUAUUCUUUCAAAUAAUUUAUUUAAUCAUAAUAAAGUUGCGUUUCGAUUAAGCAAUUUCUUGACGUCUAAUUUGACAAUUUGUGUGAUUGACAAGAAAACAAGACAAUUCGCGAAAUUGAAGAUUCGCCUGUGAUAGAAAUCAAAACAUUCAAAAUAAUUAUUCUAAUAUAUAGUUUACAAUCCAUGAGAUACAUUUUUUCUAUCUAUAAUUUUGAUUAAAUAAUUUACUAUUUGUUAUCUUCACAAUAUAAUGCCAGUUGGACGUAAACGAUGGAAUCUUCAUGAUGGGCCGCAAGGCUCCUUGAGAAGGCUGCGUAACCAGUUGGCUGAGGAUGGGUGUGCCGAAUCUCAAGUUGUGUUAGCCAAGCAGUUAUUAGAAGAAAAAUGUGAAUUAGAAGCAGAUAAAAUAUCAAACUUUAAACAGGCCUUGGAAUGGCUGAUAUGUGCUACUGAACAAGCUCAUCCAGAGGCCAGGAGAAUGUUGAGAAGGUGCAUCAGAAGCGGAGUGAUCGACGAGGACAGCGCGGCAAUUGUGCGCGCCAAGUCGUGUCUGGCGGCCAGCAGACAGGAGACCGUCGCCAGGAAGGCAGCAAGAGAUCUCUUCGCAAGUUUGUCCAACGGCGAGCAGUAUAUAACUACGGCGCAGCUGGAGCGUCGGAUCCGUGAGAUAUGCAACACAACGCUACGGAAAGAACCGGACGAUGCAGACUCGCCCGACGACGAGGCACCAGGUGUAGAGGAUGCGCAGCCGCUUGGUGAGCAGGCCCUGGAGCCGCUUGAUCCCGUGGAGCCUCUACAAGGCGGUGACCACGCUCGUACCAAUGGUGUUCUUAGUGCUGCAAACACAGACACUCAAGAUUACCCUGACACAUGUGGCCCCAAUGAAGAAAUCCGGAACCUCACAGUUGAUAAUUUAGUCACAGCCGCAGUCGACUACUGCCAAGGCGAAUUACCGCUGGUCAGCUACGAACUGACCCUAACUGACCCCAGCAUCAAGGCACUAGAUCACAUACCCAUUCUUCAUCAGGCCUUUUUACAUCCCCUAGUCUUCUUACAAGUGCUAUACCUCAAACUGUUAUACUACUUCGGUUCAUUCUCGUUCAGACUGUCAAAUAUAGAGCUCUCAUUAUUACUUGUAGCCUAUUUGUCUGUCAGCGCAGACAAUUUGUACCAUUUGGUGCCAUUAGUGUUGUACUACGUUAGUUUUGUAGCUAUGAUCAUAUGUACCUUCAAAAUGUUGCACGCGAAGCGCCAGUUCAUAGACUUUCGUAAAUGGUCCGGACUGUUCUUGAGGUACAGCGACGGUAACUUACAACCGGACGAGUCUGAGAAUCUCUUUGUUCGAAAUAACUUAGGUCCUUUCAUGCAGUUCUUCGUGGCGCUGUUUAUUAAUUUAUUCCUGUACCCAUUUAUAGCGACACAGUGGGUUCCGUUUUCGGAGUUCUGCGUAAUCUCAUUUUUCCUGAUGUUCCUAACAUUAUUCUCGUUUGGUACCAACGGGAAUCCGUACCCGGACAUCCUUGCGUUGCUUUCCUUUGGUAUAAACGUUCUCGCUAAGUAUCCGUACGAAAAGGACACAGUCGUCCACCAAGGAUGGCGGUUCCUUGAUCUCCACAUAUCCAACUAUCCGUCUUAUAUUCUAGGUAACAGUAUCGAGUUUUGUUUGAACGCGCGUGUUUUUUUCUCUCUAUUAAUUCCGAUGAUAUUAGUAGUGAUGGCCCGUAGGAGUGGUUGGCAGGGUUUCUUCAAGUGUGCUGUUCCGCAUUGCGUCACUUUGAGUUGGUUGCAAAUGUUCAUAACAUGUUCUCAUGGUUGUACAACAUACGGCUUGAUAAGAGGUACCUUGGCGUUAGUUUGCUCGUUCCUCUUCUUGCCUCUAAUCGGAGUGGUAACGGUGACUUUACCUAUUUUUGCAUUUCUUCAGUAUAUCACGUUGUCGAGAGUAUUCUAUACUGUCAGUAUUGUUGUAUGGUUUGUGCUCAGUAUGGGGGUUACGUGUUUACUGGCCAAGUCAGAUGCUACGAAGAAAUUUGUCACGCCCUUUCAGCUUGCUGUCGGUCUUAUAACAAUAAUAUACUUUGGCAACCAGUUUGUAAGCGAGGUUCAAGACGAUGGUUUGCCUUCUGGUUUGCUAGAACUAAUUGGCGAUGAGAAAUCCGGUUUAAGGAAUCUAUUGAAGAACGAAUUUAUAUCGGAUUACGAAGACAAUAGCUACUACAUAAGUUGGGAGGAUUAUUAUAACCAUUGCAACAAUCCAUCUUGGUCGGAUUAUAACGUGGCGGCUACUCAAAUAAAGUGUUCAGUACUAGAAGGUGCCAACGUAAAUUGGGAGGGUUAUAUUAAAGACGUCAAAUUGAAGAGUGUUGUGAAUAGAUGGAGUUCAGUAGCCGCCUGGUUGCCCGGUAUUUUGCAGGAGUAUUUCAAGUGCUAUUAUGGUGAAGAAUACUCGACUUCGUGUCAAGGUGCUGACGGUCGAUAUUCGAGUAAAGAGUGCGAAUUUGUUAGAAGCGUGGCUCGGCAAAGCGGGAAGAGUUGUCACUUGAAUAACUUGAAUGAAUACACGUAUGAAGUGCAACUUCUAAUGGAGGCAUCGGGUGGGCUCUUGAAACGUCACACAGAGAUAUCCGUUCUGUUUGAUGAUCAUUUCAAAAAUUUCACCCAUCAACUGCGAGCUGAUGAUAAGAUACGGUUCAAAGGCGUCCUCAGAAAUGCUCCAGGAGCGUACGACAUCGGUGCUAAAGAAUUAAAUAUAAAGGGCCACGAAAUAAACUGUCUUGAAUGUAAACAGGCGAGAGGUACCGUCACCAUCAAAGCGCCACCUGUGUCUAAGUUGUCCGAACUAAUUAAAACAAUAAUGAACGAUUGCAUAGUCUCUACAAAGUAUAUAUUGAAUUUCCUGUUAAAUCCAGUUAUUGUUUUUAAAUAAAUUGUAUUUUUAUAACAUAUAAAUUUAUUUAUGUGACUGUACUUGUUUUAACUUUCAUGUAAAAAAUCACUUCCGAUUUAUUAAAAUUACCAGAGGGAGACUUUGUACAAAAGUCGAUUGCUUGGGUACCUCUGUCCCAUUCGUGUUUCAACCGUGAAGCAGUUGUGUUUGCAUGGCUGUGUUUCGAUUUGAAGGGUGGGAUAUGGCGUGAAUUUACUGGGCACAGAGGGAUAACACCUGAGUACUCAGGAAUGGCAACGCAAGGGGGAAUCAUGGGCGAAACAGUAUACUCUGUCAUGUCCAUGGUACUGCUCAUGUCUAUAGGCGACGGUUACCACUUUCCAUCAGGUGGGCCGUCAGCUUGUUUGCCAUUCUAAGUUGCAUAAAAAAAAUUUAAGAAAAUAUUACAAAUUGACAUGUUAUCUAAUAAUUUUGUUUUAUUGUAAAUGAACUGCUAAAAAUGUGUUUUUAUAGGCGACUAAUACAUUGGAAUUGAAAAAUAAAAAAUGUAGACUUAUUUGUAAUAAAUAUGUGGUGCUGAAGUGUCGAGUCCUUACAAUUGCUUAAAAAUACUAAUACGUGAUUCACAUAAGGGAAAAUUAGAAUUUAUUUUUGCAAUUAUCACUGUAAUUUAACCCUAAUCAGAUGGUCACACCCGUUCUAAUAUUUUAGUUGCCCAAUAUAAUAAUUUUUAUUACAUAAAAUAGCAAUAAAUACACAGCUUACUACCUAAUGUUACUACUUAAUAUUGUUUUAAAUUAAUUGAUCUCUGACACUAUAUUAAUGUGAUGUAAUGCUACAGUCAAAAGAACAACCAGUGGUCCAGUCCCUUUGGCGUGUCUACCGAUUACAUAGCAGUUUGGAACACUGUUUAGUUUUGGACGACUGGUAGGGAAAAGUUCUUUAGACUGUGGAAACACUAUGUUAUUUAAAAAAAUACAAUAUUUAUAGGCAGUUUCGUAACUAGAGAUGCGAUUUACAAUAACUUUGAGGCAAAACAACGCCUCUACUACCUCAGUAUCUCUAUUUACGAGUUUGUCUAUGGUUCUUUGUAUGUGAUAAGUUUUAAAAAUCAAUCUAUGAUUGAUUGAUACCUACUAUAGUUGUGUUUUAGUCCACAACUUGGUGCAUAAAAGAAUUAUAUAAAAAUCUAAUAUCACAUAUAGUCAUAACAAUUGUUUGAAUGUUAUUAUGUAUUUAAUUUGUAUGGGACAUUAUGGUAAUUAAAUUACCGCUACAUCUUACCGAUUCACGCUGUUGAUAUAACAGAUAAUGCGCAUUAUAUGCAUGUUAGCACCAUCAGCGCCAAUAUAAUAAAAUUUCGACUAGUAUGCUCGUGACCAAUCCCCCUGUAUAAGUGGCAAAUUAUAGUAAAUCUUAUAAUAGAUACAUUUUCUCCUGUUUAGUAUCACAAUUGUGUACUGUAUUUACAAAAAUAAUAGUAUGAAAUCGACUAUUAGCCCAUUUGGGACGUACAAUAUAGAUUUAAAAUGGAAUACAUUUCAAAUUACAUUGUUUAAUUCUUUUUAUUAGUUUACUUUGUAACAAGUAACCUAUGGGACUUACUGUCUUUUUCUAUUUCACUCAUGCAGCAGCGAAAACUAGCUAUUUGUCUAGGGAGGCUGAUUCAAGCUAGUCUAACCUAGUCGUAACAUUAUCCUAUUUUGUUUGAAAUGACAAAAAUAACAUGAAACUAAAAGAAUGUGACGGUUUCUAGGCGCUAUUUCUCUAAACCCAUCUUUAAAAUUAAAGACGACAGCGAAAUCUUUAUUCUAAGAUCCAAUAUGAACUAAAUUUCUAAUAGACUUAAGUCUAAUUUACUAUAAUUUUUGUUUAUGAUGGUCCAUAAGGAGGUAAUUUAGCGAAACUAACAAAUUAAAAUAUGUAUCAUUUAUUAAGAUUAAUUAAGAGUGUUUUAGAGAACAGGCGCCUCAAAACCUAUUCCAAAAUCUUUAAAAUUUCGAUCCUACUGCUAUCAUAUAAAUGGAAAAAUUUAUCAAGAUGAAUAGAUGUUUGUUAAUCUUUCACAAAAGAAUUACUGAACGACUUUGAAUGAAAUUUUCUAUAUAUAUAUAUAUAUAUAUAUAUAUAUAUAUAUAUAUAUACUUGUUUAUGCGGCUAAAGCUGUGGGAUACAGCUAGCAUUCCCUAAUAAACUUGAGUAUAUUGCUUUAAAUAUAAAUAAUAUCAGAAACAAAAUAAAUAUUUUUUUUCUUAACAGAUAACAUUCCACACCCAAUGGUAGAAAAAAUAUUGACAAUUUUGAAGUACUCGUGAUCAAGUUUUAUAUAUGUAUAUGAAUAAAGAUUAUAUCUAUUUCUAAUAUUGAAUAAAUAUAUUUUGUUAAAUACCCUAUAUCGUCGUAUUAUAAAAAAAAUAUAUAUAUUCUGUAAUUAAUAUAUUUAAAUGUGUUUUUUUUUACUUGUAUUUAUAAUGUAAUUCUCCUGUAAUUUUAUUUUAAAUUAAAUAAAAAAUGUUAACUAAAGAUUUUACCCUAUUUUUUACAAUUUUAAUUAAAAUAAGCAAUUGUAAGAUUUUUUUAAAAACAUAUGACUUAUCUCCAAAACAUAUGACUUAUCUCCAAAACAUAUGACUUAUCUCCAAAAGCCCAAAAAGUGCACUAUUUGAAUUCGGUUUGUUUAGUGUAAAUAUAACAUAGGGAUUCUUAUUUUUAGAUUAAAAUUAUAUAUAUAUAUGUAAAAUGAAUUAUUUUAAUACCUAUAUUUUUUUCUUUAUAUCGUUUCAAGUUAAAAAUAAACUAGUGUUAACUUUGAUUACAUUCACAUUAAUUUUGUUAUAAACAUUAAAAUAAAAUAGUAAGAAAACGUUAUAUAGUUACGUAUAAUAUUAAUAAAAUGUCAUACUCCGAAUUUAUCUCUAAAAUUUACCAAUUGUAGAAAUUGAUCUCAUCAUCAUCAUUCUGUGGAAUGUCAUUAUUAUCAGUCUAAGAAUUACUUCUAUUUUCAUUUAGUGGAGACGAAAGUAAUGAUUUUUUUUUUAAUUAUUAAUAUAUUAUUUUUCUCUUCUUGUAAAUACGGUUUACAGUGGCCAAAAGUCAUGAUAAAUAUGGUAGAGUAUUUUAAAUUAAUUUUUUAUUUGGUAUUAAUAUCUCAGUUUAUAACUGUUUAUGUUAAUUCCUGUAUAAAAACCAUGAGUAAAUAUCCUUACAGAGUACAAAUUACAUGCAAGUGGCCCUGUGUAGGUAUACGCACACAUAGCUCAAUGUUUGCGUGUGUAAACCCAUACGGACAGUUCACGUACUCUACGUCAUGUUUAGAACUACACGGAGUUGGUUUGCUGCAAUAUGGACAAGUUGACAGUAUAUGGACGUUUCCUUAUAUGAUGUUAAUUCCAUGCGAUUUUCAUUACGUUAAAAUUCACCCCAUUUGCGUUAGUUCAAUAUUCGUACAAUCGAGGUGCUUUGCAAUUUUAAUAAUAAACGUAACUCCUUUACUAAAUACUAUAUAUAUAUAUAUAUAUAUAUAUAUAUAUAUAUAUAUAUAUAUAUAUAUAUAUAUAUAUAUAUAUAUAUAUAUAAUUAUUUAAUAAAUAUAAUUUUCGUCUUGUGUAUCCCCAGUAGGACGAUUGUACGUACUUAGACUCUGUAGAGAUACUUAUUCAUGUGCUGAUACUGUAGUAAUAUUUGAUAAUAGUUUAUGAAAUGUUAUUCUCGUAAAAAGUGAAAGGGUACGUGUGUUUACAUUGUGACAAUAGUAUGUGUUAUGAAAUAAUAGUGUUAUAUCAAAUAAAUGAAUAUUUUGAUCGUAA